UAUUGAAGUGAUCUCGUGUGAUUUUUUUUCUUCUUUUUGGAUUCGCUUCAUCUUUUGAACUGAUAAGAUGAGUGAAAGCCCUGUGCUGGAGUACGAGCUGCUGUCUCUGGCUCCGGUCUCGGGCCCCGGGGCCACCGCUGGGCUCCUGCUGGCUCAGGACUCAGAGCAGAACACAGCGCUGUGUUUUGUGGGGCUCCUGCUGCUGUUUCUGGUGUUCCUGCUGGUCCGAUGUUUCCGGAUUAUCCUGGACCCGUACAGUAGCAUGCCGUCCUCAUCCUGGUCUGAUCCCAAAGACGCUUUAGAGAGAGGACAGUUUGAUCACGCGCUCGUCUAGAUGCACGACUGCAGAAAGAAGUAACCCACAAAUACUGUCAAGGACAUGUUUUACCUCCAAAUAAAACAGGUAAUUGUUUAAAGUA